AUGGCUGUUAUUCCCGUCCGUGUCACCUUAUGGAUCAUGCUGUUCACAUGUUGUUGGGUGACGUACAUGCUUCGAGUAGGCAUGAGUAUCACUAUAAUUGGCAUGGUCCCGCCAGUGAGCCGUAACGCUUCUGCAGGAGGGUCUCCAUGUGGAAGUCAAAGCUCCAUGAAGCAUGUGAGCGGCGAUGUAGUUCACUACCCUGGCGAGGCUGACGGUUACCCAUUGGAAGAAGAAGAAAAAAGGUAUGGAAAAGUGUACGACUGGUCUGUGGCUGAACAGGGGCUAAUCUUAGGGACAUAUUUCUGGACUUACCCAAUAUCCUCACUGAUUGGUGGAAUGGCCGCCGAGCGUUAUGGGCCGCGUCUUCUGGUCUUCGUUGUCACGUUGAUCAGUGCCUUCGUGACGGCAUUGUCUCCAAUGGCUGCCGACCUAGGCUACUACACAUUAGUUAUUAUUAGACUCAUCUUAGGAUUGGCUGCGGGUUUCAUAUAUCCGUGCCUACACUGUCUGGUCGCUCGAUGGGUACCACAAGCAGAAAAAGGGAAAUUUAUUGCUGCUUUGAUGGGAGGUACUCUUGGUACAGUCGUUACUUGGAGCCUGACGGGUCUCAUAAUGGAACAUCAUGGGUGGUCGGCAGCUUUCUACGUACCUGCUGCCAUAGCAGCUGCGUGGUGUUUCAUCUGGUGGUAUCUCGUAGCCGAUUCUCCUCAUGAACAUAAAAUGAUAUCCGAAAAGGAAAAGACUUAUAUAUUAACAGCUUUAGGAGACAGGGUCCAGACCAAAUCCAAGUCAAUGCCACCUUUUAAGAAAAUUGCUACAUCACUGCCGUUCUUAGCUAUGACUGUUCUUCACUAUGGAAAUCUUUGGGGCUUGUACUUCAUACUGACAGCCGGACCUAUGUUCGUUAAAAACGUAUUGGGAUUUCAAUUAUCAGCUGCUGGAGCGCUUUCUGCUCUUCCAUACUUGGCAAGGUUGUUCUUUGCACCGAUAUUUGGAUCGAUCGGAGACUACUUACUGGGGAGACAAAUAUGGCCUACGACCCGGAUAAGAAAGUUCUUCUGCAUCUUCUCACACAUAAUCCCUGGACUAUUGUUAGGGUGCCUGGUUUCUGCUGGAUGCAAUUGGCCUGUAUCUAUAAGCCUGAUUACAUUUUCCAUGGGCAUGAACGGAGCAGCAACGUUGACCAACCUACAGAAUCAUCAAGAUCUGGCACCGAACUAUGCAGGCACUUUAUAUGGAAUUGCUAAUGCUAUCGGUAGUACGGCUGGCUUUUUCACACCUAUGAUUACGGCAUACUUUACAAAGACUGGGAACACUUUUGAUAAUUGGGGUCCAGUUUUCUACGUGGGUGCAGCAGCUUACAUCGGUGCAGCAUUGUUUUUCAUUAUUUUCGGAACUGGCAACAUUCAAAAGUGGAAUUAUCGCCAAGAGGACGAACCCGCGGCUGGUGUACUCUCUUGGAGGCCCUGGGGCAAAGCAGAAACACCACCUGCUAGUGGAAAAAGUGGGAAAAAGUAAUUAUUUUAUUACAAUUAACAUAGGUGAUAAACAAGGUUCUGGAUUUGUUUUUACUUUUUUUUACAAUAAAAUAAAGAUAAUAAUUAAUUUUAAAAAUCGAAAAACUGCAUAACGUAUUAAUGUCAGUGCUUUAAAUUUUAGAAAGGCAGAGCGUACUUAUAAUAACAUUUGAAAAAUAACCUCUUGUAAAUGUGUCUAAUGUUUAAUAUAAUCAAG